UCCCGGCGUUCGUCCCGCCCCCGUCCCGCGAGGUUGGGUUGGGCUGGGCUGCCUGGGCGCUGUAGCCAUGACGGCGCGCGGGACCCCGAGCCGCUUUCUGGCCAGUGUCCUCCACAACGGUCUGGGUCGCUACGUGCAGCAGCUGCAGCGUCUCAGCUUUAGCCUCAGUCGCGAUGCGCCCUCGUCCCGCGGCGCCAGGGAGUUCGUGGAACGGGAGGUGGCAGACUUCGCCCGACGGAACCCGGGGGUCGUAAUAUACGUGAACUCGCGGCCGUGCUGUGUGCCCAGAGUAGUGGCUGAGUACCUUAACGGGGCUGUGCGCGAGGAGAGCAUCCACUGCAAGUCAGUGGCGGAGAUUGCGACGCUGGUGCAGAAACUGGCGGACCAGUCGGGCUUGGAAGUGAUCCGCAUCCGUAAGCCCUUCCACACGGACAGCCCUAGCAUCCAGGGCCAGUGGCACCCCUUCACCAACAAACCGACAACGUUGGGCGGGCUGCGCCCGCGAGAAGUCCAGGAUGCUGCCCCAGCCCAGGUGCAAGUGCCAUGAAGAGUUACCCCAACAACUCCAAUCCCAGGCUUUGGACUCUUGCCCCAGUGGAGGUGGUUCUUCCUCUCUGGUUCAGGGGAUUCCAAGCCCACGCAGGCAGAUGGAGCCCACCAAAAGGGAAGUUGACGCCAAAGCUUUUGCUUGGGAUAAAGAAGAGCUGCUUGUCUUCGUUGCAUAGGAGGAGGGGCAGUGACUUUGUUAAGUCUCCUAAUUAUCGCCCAGUUGACAUCCUUGAAACCUGAUUCUUCAAGGAUUUUAUUUUUUCUUUCUUUUCUUUCUUUCUUUCUUUCAACAUUUAUUCAUUUUUGAGAGAGAGACAGUGUGUGUGGGGGGGGGGGGGGGGAAGGGGCAGAGAGAGAGGGAGACACAGAAUCCAAGGCAGGCUUCAGGCUCUAAGCUGUCAACACAGAGCCCAAUGUGGGGCUCAAACCCACAAACUGAGAUCAUGACCUGAGCCAAAGUGAAUGCUUAAUUGGCUGAGCCACCCAGGUGCCCCUCCCAUCCAUGUCCUAUUUCUGCAACCAUUGAACUAGAGAGAGCUAGCACCUUAAAUUCUGCUGUGAACCUGGCAUUAGGACAGUCACUUUACAUCCGUGUAAAUGUUUAGAUUAGAAAACUGAGGUUAAUAAACUUGCCCAAAGUUACACUUGA